GGACGGCCGCCGCCGCAAGAGGCAGCGGCAGCGACAGCAGCAGCAGCCCGGGCCCUCGCCGCCAACGGAGCUCACCACUCUCGGCCGCAGGUCCGUGCCCUAACCAUGAUUGGUUGAUUGGUUUUAUGCAUUUCUGUUUCACUUUUUGUUGCCUCGAAUUUACUGAGUGGACGCGGAUCUAAUCCUCCCGAGGCGAGGAAGAACCCAUGGUGUAAUUUCGUCUCGCGAUGACACGAACGAGGAUACAAUUUAACAUGGUCUCGGCAUGAUUCUAGUUGACUGCCGGUACCUGUCAUUCUUGAAUGGUGGUGGUCAUGCCAAUCUACAAAGGGGGUUGCAGAAGGGGGAAAUUGCUGUUGAGGAAAGGCCAUUAAAGACAACCUGCCACACAUCGGUCCCCACAUCACCUGCCUUGUGUGAACCCCAUGUUUGGCAAGAUCUCAUGGACAGCCUUCUUCACCAAAUCAUUACUUUUCUUAGCUCAUUCCAGGACUUGGUUGCUUUUAGCGGCACUUGCUACUCUUGGCGGACUGCACUCUCCUCCUUCCCAUCUACAUAUACUUUUACCUUCCCACCUCUCCACCUCAAACCAGAUAUCCCUGAUAUCCAUACCUAUUCCAGGAAUUUCAAAUACAGUCUUUUAUCUUGUCGUAAAUGGAAACUUGGUGAUCCAUCCAAGAGAAACAUAUCCCUUUGCUGUUCAGCUCCACAAAAUACUCCAAAUCGCAUGCGUUAUUUGGGCUGCUCAUAUGGGUACCUCAUCUUCUCAUAUCGUAAGAACUGCCUCCUUGUUGAUGUGUACAAUGGCACUAAGAUGAAGCCUCCCAUACUCCAAUUCCUAAGCAACAAGGAUAUCUACUAUGGCAUCCUUACAGCUCCACUUAAUUCACCGAACUCGCAUCUCCUACUUUGUUCGAAAUCCUCCAUAUUCUUUUGGCAGGUUGGAACAAACUCUUGGUCAGAGCACCCUUUUUGUGGUGAUCGCAUUCUUCAGAUUGUGCUCUUCAAAGGUGAGAUGUUUGCCAUGGACUUCCAUCACAGGCUCCAUACCGUGCGCUUUGCACCUCAGUUCAGCAUGCAGGAACUAGGGGUUUUGUGGGCAGAAGAAAUGUUAGUGGGUGUACAUUUUAAGCCAUGGCUGGUGAUCUGCGGUGACAUGCUUCUCAUGCUUGACCUCUCAGUGGGCACUCACCAAUUACAUGGCUUCGCUGGCACCUUUCAAGUCUUUCGUCUUGACUUUUCUGCGGAGACAGCCAAGUGGAUGAAGAUGGCAAAGAUGGAAAAUCAGGCUCUCUUUGUCAGCUUUGAUAGGAGGAACCCUACUUUUUCUUGCAUGAGACCUGAAAGAUGGGGUGGGAAGAGUAACUACAUUUAUGUUGCGAAACCAUCUGACGAUUCUGAUGAACCGUGGACCGCCGUCGAGCUUGGUCAGCCAGUUCCCAGUACAACAGACUUUGUUCCAAACCAUCAUACCAUCCUACGAAGGGAACCCAAUGGCCACUGCAAUCAACUAGAGCACCUCUGGGUGCUCCGCAGUUCGACUUACGGUGUUGGCCAGUGAUCUAUCAUCUCUAUUUUGUGGUCGCCAUGCUUUGGCGUUGUACGAGCCAUAUCCAUACUGCCCGUGGCUCUGUACCUGUGAUGGUUUCUUUUGCAAACGUGCAUUGAAGUUGUGAUGCCAAAUCAGUCGAUAUGAUAUGCCUAGUUUUUACUUGUCCGUGUGAAUGCAUGCUUGGUGUUACAUUAUCGUUGAUUGUGUUGUGUGACUCCACAAGACCCUUCAAACUCAGGUGUAUAUACAUGCUGUUUCAUGAAUGACUAAAGUACAUUGAGGGAAAUCU